UGACCUCCUCUCUCUCGCGCGAACCCUAGCGCUGCAUUCCUCCCUCGCCGUCGCCACCUCAAGCGGGAAUCCUGCCGUCCUCCUCUCACCCCACCGCCGUCGAUCCUUCCCCGGCCAGCACUCUGUACCGCACCUCUCCCUCUCUCCCAUGGCACCAGAUCGAGCCGACGAGGCCAGUCCGCGGCCAGAUCCGCCACCGCCACAGCAACCUCUCUCUCUUCCUCUCCCCGAUCCAGAUCGAAGACGGCGGCUCCCACCUCAUCGCUCUCCCGUCGUCUCCCACCGUCCUUCCACACCGUCCGUUUCACUCUCUCUCGCACCCAACCUCCGGCUCUCCGUCCUACAUCCAGAUCCCGAUCCGCGGUGGCGCCCUCCGAUCCAACCCCUCCCUUCUUCUCCAACCGCACGCGCCCGCGUCCAGCACCCGGAGUCGCAAGCCUCGAUCUCCUCCUCCGCGCCCGUUCCCAAGCGCCUUUGCCUCCCUGUCCCGCCGGAGGACGGCGACGACACCUCCUCGGGUUGGAUUUCGCCGGAGGACCUGGCCCCGCCGCCCCCUCCCCCGUACCACGCUGCCGCGUCCUACUCCCCGCCGCCCGUCUCCGGCCCCGCCGCCGGCUCCGUGCCGCCUCCCAAGAACACCAUGGACUCGGUGAAGGACGUCCUAGGGAAGAUGGGGAAGAGGUUCGGCGAGGCCGCCCGCAAGACGGAGAACAUCACCGGCAACUUCUGGCAGCACCAUGAGAUUCGCUUCUCGAGCUCUCUGCUGUAUUGUAGGCAUGCCGAGCCUGCUGGCGUAUGCUUCUUCAGGGGCAAAGAAGAAAUCUUCAAGAAGAAGGUGCCCGAAGCUGAUGCCGCGUCGAGUGACUGAUCUUCCCUCGGGGUCGCCUGCUGUAGUCAUAUUGUCGCUGGAUCUCCUCCCCCCUCUCUCUCUCUGUGUUUUUCUGUCAAUAGCUAGUAGCAUAAGUUGGAGCUGGCUGUACCAGGAACUUAAUCUGCAUUUAUUCAACUAGAUCAAGUACAAGUACAUUAGUUGGUAAUCUGCUAUUAAUACAUCUCCUAGUCAUAAAUUUCCUGAAAUAGUGCGUGUUUAUAUUUAGGUGCUGUUUAAUUAGAAAAUGGAUGUGAUUUCUAACUUGAUUGUUGUAGGCCACAAGAUAUAUCUCUGUUGGUUCAUCUUGCUGUAGAAUAUGCCACUGUUCAUUCAUUUAUGUCUAUUGCUAUUUACCUCUGGUGACAUGUGAGAAGCACUCAUCUAUAUGUUUAUAUUUUGAGCAGCUGGGUACAACUACAGUUGCAGAAUCAUCUAGCCAAAUUUUGGGAGGAUGGCAUAAAAGAUUAGAUAACCCCUACUUUUGAAAUCAUGGUGCCCAGUUUGUGCUCGCUACCGAAGGAGCUCCAUGUUGAAGAUUGAAGACACAUAUAGAGCUUGUAAAUUCUGUAGCUGUUACACAUAGAGCUCCAUACUGAUUCUGUAGUUGUUACACAUAGAGCUUGUAAAACAGUGAUUGAAGAUGUAUUAUGUGUUAUUUAUAGAGUAGCAGCUCCAUACUGAUUUUGGCUGCUGUUAUUUUAAGUA